ACUAGAAACUCCCGCCCUGUUAUUAUCCAGCUCAGCGCCAUUUUUAUCAGACGCUCUAGUUAAACCAGCCAGAUUCUAGAACCUAGCACCUCCUGACACUACAGGAGCUAUGGACGCAAACCCUGAUGAGAUGGAGCAGAACCAAGAGACGCUGAGGAUCAUGCUCCUGGGGAAGAGUGGUGCAGGGAAGAGCUCCACCGGGAACACCAUCCUCAACAGGAAGGCGUUCCGAUCAGACAUGAAGCUGAAGAGAGUCACGGUCCACUGUGAGAAGGCGGAGGGGGAGGUAGGAGACAGGUUUGUCACCAUGAUCGACACCCCCGGCUUCUUUGAGAAGGAACGCAACAAGGAGGACAUCGUCAGAGAGAUCCUGCAGCGAGUGAAGCUGCAGCAGCCUGGACCUCACGCCUUCGUCUUUGUGGUGCCGCUGGGACGGAUGACGCAGGAGGACCAGAACACCCACUCCCUGAUCGAAGCCAAGUUUGGACCCAGAGUGUGGGACUACACUUUGGUACUGUUCACCCACGGGGAUCAGCUAGAGGGAAAAACCAUCAACGACGUCAUCACAGAGAGCGACGACAACCUCCGCAACUUCAUACGCCGCUGUUCUGGAGGUUUCCACGUCUUCAACAACAAGAACCCAGAGGACCAGACCCAGGUAACCUCCUUCAUGGACAAGAUCAAGACCCUAGUGUCCCUGAAUGGAGGAGGCUUCUACGAGACCAAGCUGUACCCUGAGAAGGAGAGGAGGAUCAGGGAGAGGCAGGAGAGCCUGCUGGCUGAGAGGGAUGAAGAGAUCAGGAGCAGAGAAAAGGACCUGGAGGAGCAUUACAAGGAAGACGAGCUGAGGAAGGCGAAGACGGAGCUGUGGAGGAAAGAGGAGGAGAGCUCUAGACAGGCUGCAGAGAAGAAGGUGAACCAGAGGUCUUCCCUCGCCCUAGCCUUCAGACUGGUCCUCCUCCUGGUGCUAGCUCCUCUUCUGAUCGACUGCUCUGAGCAGGUACGAGGCCUCUGGCUGGUUCCUGCCACGAUGGUUUGGAUUGUGAUGUUCCUCAAGAUGUUUCCAGAGGUCACAAGAAGACUUCUCUGAUUCAGACCGAGCAGAUUCAGGUAGAAACCAUGAAGGACACAUCAGAGAGACAAGUCCGGGACUCAGUCUCACCCCCACCCUCUUUAGAUGAGAAAUAAUAAAAUAAACCCAGGAAAUAAGGGAAAGAACCACGUUCUCCAUGAAGCUGCAGGAAACUACAGACGAAAUUAGAAUCUGCUGUAACGGUUAAAUGUGGUAUUUAAACGACACACAGCCUUCAUAAUAUGAAGCCUAUGAAGGUUCGUCCAAGAAGUGUUUAAAAGGGCACAUGGACUUGCAGAGUUUUUAAUUUUUUUUUAUUUUUUGAGAAGACAUUUCAUCUGAGUAGCUUCUUCAGUUCAAAGAUAAGAUGAGAUCUGCCUUUAUUCAUCCCACAAUGGGGAUUGUCUCAUUGUUAACAGCAGCAGAGACAUUCAGCAUCAUCAGCACCAUCAGCAUCAUCAGCAGUGGAUGAGAAGCAGUACUGAACACGUAGCAGAAUACUGAACAUAUGUUGUUGGUCUAAGGGAAGUUUGAGGUAAACUCUGACGGUAAAAACAUCAGAAACUAAGUUUGAGGUAAACUCUGAGGGUAAGAAACUAACUGGACUGGUUUCUGUGACGAAACAGAAACAGGUUCAACUAAAGUCCAUUAACAGAUCCAGUGAUUUUAUCCACAGUUUCCUGUUUAAACCUCAAACUUCCCUCCAGUCCCUGAACUGGAGAAGCUACUCAUGAGUGGUGAAAGCUCUUCAAGAAACAGUGCUUUUUGAAUAUAAUAUUUGAAAAAAAAUGUGAAAUGUGAAAAUGUGAAAUCAUCUGAUGUAAUUUUGUGAAUAAAUAUAAAUGAAAUAAAUUUGAUCGAUUGUAAUACA